CACAAGUGUCUACAGUUGUGUACACACGCAGAAUAUAAUAUUAUCAAAACAAAUAAAUUAAUGAUCAAAUAUCGAGGGAAGUAGAGAUUUGUGAGACAUAAAAACUUAAUAUUUAUCCUUGAGUGCAUUAAAAGAAUUCCAAAAAAAUGUCUCAAAUCAUAAGACAAUCACUAAGAAAGCUGAUGAGCCCAGCAUUAUACAAUAAUCAAGGGUUUCAAGGACUCGCUACUGCCGCUAAAAUGCCUCCUUUUGACUGGGAAGAUCCUAUAAACUUAGACUCAUUGCUCACAGAAGAUGAACGUGCCAUUCGAGAUUCAUUUCGUCAAUACUGUCAAUCUGAAUUACUUCCUCGCGUCACAUUAGCUAAUCGUAACGAAGUAUUUGAUCGUGAGAUUUAUAAAGAAAUGGGACAAUAUGGUGCAUUAGGUUGUACAAUUAAAGGAUAUGAAUGUGCUGGUGUGUCAAAUGUAGCUUAUGGAUUAAUGACUAGGGAAGUUGAGAGAGUAGAUUCAGCAUAUAGAAGUGCAUUGUCUGUUCAAAGCAGUUUAGCUAUGGGUGCAAUUUAUAUGUAUGGAACUGAGGAACAAAAACAGAAAUAUAUUCCAAAAAUGGCAAAGGGUGAAUUGGUUGGAUGUUUUGGACUAACGGAACCAGAUCAUGGAUCUGAUAUUGGAAGAAUGCAAACAAAAGCGACAUUUGAUUCAAAAACUAAAACGUAUGUACUAUCAGGAAGUAAAACGUGGAUCACAAACUCACCAAUUGCUGAUAUUUUAAUAGUUUGGGCACGUUUUGAGGACGGAAAAGUUCGUGGAUUUAUAAUUGACAGAUCUGAAAUUUCAAAAGGUUUAUCAACACCUAAAAUUGAAGGAAAAUUCUCAUUGAGAGCUUCUGAAACUGGCAUGAUUCUAAUGGACGAAGUAAGGAUUCCUGAAAAUAAUUUACUUCCAAAUGUGGUCGGAAUGGGCGGUCCAUUUGGAUGUUUAAAUAACGCUCGUUAUGGAAUUGCAUGGGGUGCAUUAGGAGCCGCAGAAGCAUGUUUAUCACUUGCAAGACAAUACACGUUGGACAGAAAACAAUUUCAACGCCCAUUAGCACAAACUCAAUUAAUACAAAAGAAAUUCGCAGAUGCAUUAACAGAAAUAACUUUAGGAUUAACAGCAGCUUAUCAAGUUGGACGAUUAAAAGACAAAAAUUUACACAAUCCUGAAAUGAUUUCUUUAAUUAAGAGGAACAAUGCAGGCAAGUCACUUGAAAUUGCUCGUCAAAUGCGUGACGUUUUGGGUGGAAAUGGAAUUGCGGAUGAGUAUCACAUCAUUCGACAUGUGAUGAACUUGGAAGCUGUUAAUACUUAUGAAGGAACUCAUGAUAUUCAUGCCUUAAUUUUGGGCAAGGGAAUCACAGGAUUAGCUGCAUUUUAAAACAUAAUUAACUGAAAUUUUACUCUUUAUAUAUUUUAUAAUCAAAGUUAAUAAAAAUUCUUUAUUUCAUUUA